AUGGACCAUUCUCCAAAUAGACCUUCAGUAUCUCCAUUGUCUAAAACCCGUAUGUCGUCAGAAUAGACACUCAAAUUGCAAGACCUAAAGUAUAAGGAGAAACUACUGCAAAUGGAUAAGAUAAAUGCAAAAUUGCAAUCCUAAUUAGAUGAGACCCUUUUGGAAUUGGAAAAGGCAAAUAAGAACCUACAUCUACAAAAUCAAAUGAAGGAAACCCAAGAUAAUGAGUAUCUGAGACUUUUGAAGGAAAACGAAUUGCUUAAGGGAGAUCUACAAUUUAAGCUUUAAGAGAACGAGCUGAAUAAGUAGAAAUUAGCCUAACAGAAUAAAUAAUAUUAAUCAUCCCUUGAAAACCUGAAAGAAUAAUAUGAAUAGCUUUAACAGUCAUUGAUGAAUAAAUAUAUUAUCGAAAUGAAUACUAAAUUACAAGAUCAGAAGCAACAAUACGAUACAUUCAGCAAAAUUCAAACUGAAAGAUUGAAGGAAAAUGAACAUCUCGAAAAAUAGUAUUAGGAAUAACUAUUGGAUUACAAAUAAUCAAUUUAAGAAUUCUAAAUUAAAGUAAGUGAACAAAAAUAAUAAAUUGAAUCAUUCCAAAAAUAAUCUAGUAUUGAAAAGCAGGUGAUAGCUGAUAAAGAACUGUAAGAGUAGCUCCUCUUGAAAAAAGUAGAAUAACUCCAAAUAGAACUAAGCAGAAUUACUACUGAUUUAGAUAUUUCAAAGGAGAAAUAUCUAAGAUUAGAAAAAUAAUACGAACAAAACAUUACCAACAUAGUUCUAAGCAAAGAUUAACAGGCUGAAGAGUAAACUAGUAAAUUAUAUUAAUAACAUGAAUAAUCCAUUCAAAAUUUAACAUCACAAAAUCAGGAUAUUUGGAAGUAAUUACAAGAAUAGAAAUCAAUAAAUUAAGUGUAAUCGAAGGAGAUUGCAAGACUGUCCAAUACCAAUCAAUAGCAAGAGCAGGACUUGAUUGAAAAGGACAAAAAACUAAAAGACUUAUCAGUUAAUACUAACUAAUCAACUGAAUAAUGUAUUAUCCUUCAACAACGUUUGCUUUAGACAGAAUAAGCAUUGCAAUUAUAUAAAUCUUAAUUAGAUGAUUUUAAAUAAACAAGAGGAGACUUUGAAUAACGAAUGAUGGACAGAAGCAAAGGAAUAUUGAGAUAAAAAGAACAAGAAUUUCAAUAGGCUCUAUAAUUGAAUGAACAAAAGAUUAUGGCUUUGAAUUAGGAGGUUGAAAGAAUGGAGAAUGAACAUUAAAUUUAAAGUUUUAAAUAGUUACAAGAGAAGCUUAUGAGCGAAUCAAAUGUCAAGUCUUUAUUAGUGAAAAUCGCUGGAAUCGAAGAAUAAAAUUCUACUUUAUCAUCAUAAUUAGAAGAAACCAGACAGGAAUUAUUACAAAAAUCAACUCUAUCAGAAAAUUUGAGUGUAUAAUUGAACAAAGAAAAAACCUAUAAUUAAACUACUCUUAGAAUUUAAAAGAAUCAGAUCUCUGAUUUGUAAUAAAAAUUAAAAGAAUAUUAAGUCGAAGUAGAUAGAUUAUCAUGUGAUGUUAGAGAAAGAGAUGACAUCCUUGAUAGUCAAAGGAUGUAGUUUAUUAAUGAGAAAAAUGAAUUGGAACAAUAAAUCAAAAUCAUCUUUGAGAAGAUGUCAUAAUAAAGAUAAAGACUCCAAGAUUUAGAUGAUCAAACCUAUUAAUAAUAGUGUUAAAUUCAAAAAUUGACACUUGAAAGAGAUAAAUUAGAUAAGGAAUUAAAAUCAUUAACAGUUACAACUAAUGAGUAAAUCAGAAAGCAAAAAGAGUAAAUAGAUAACUGUAGUAGACUAAUUGAGGAGAACCAAUAAACCAUUCUUUAAAACGAAGAACAAAUCCAAAAUAAUGAAACAUAAAUUGCAGAACUGUAAACCUAACUAGAAGAAUAGUAUGCUUAGAAUUAAUAAUUAACCAAAGAUGUAGCUGAAUUAAAUGAUGAAUUAGAGGAAACCAGAUAAGACAGAGAAGCCAAGAUUUAAGAAAUGGAUUAAUGGAAAAGAUAAUUUAAAUAAAAUAAUGUUCCGUUGUCUGAUUAUGAUUAAAUCAAAAAAGAAGCUGAAUAAUAUAAAAAUAAAUCCAUGGAUCAAGAAUAACUUAUUAAUAAAUUAGAAACCUAAUAAUAGGCUAAUACCAAAGAGAUUUAUCACUUGUAAGGAGAAUUAUCAUAGUAUAAAUCCAAUCUAUCAGAUGCUUAGUCUUAAUUAGUUAAUAAGAAAAAAGAAAAUGAUAACAUGAGUACAGAAUUAGAAAAUUUGAAAAGAGAACAACAACGAACAUUAAAUCAGUUGAAGGAGAUUGAACAAAGAGAUCAAUCAAAUAGUGAAUUAGUCAGUAAAUAAAAGAGGGAAAUUUAGAGAUUAAAUGAUGAUUUGGAAACAAAAAACAGACAACUAGGCAACAUGGAAUAAUAAUUAAAUAAGAAGUUUGAUGAAGUAACUUCUAAAUAAAGAGAAAUUGAAGAAUUGAAAAGAAAGUAUUAAUAGGAUGCACUUGGAAAAAUGACAACAAGUCCAUCUUAAAAGUCUGUAAUGAUGGCAUCAUAAAAUAUGGCUGCCAGAUCCACUGCAAAAGGAUUAACAACAAAAAUAACAGAUUAAUAAAAUUGA